UUUUCAUAAGACAUUAUUCAAUAAAAAAACAGACCAACGCAGACGGUGAUCUCUCUCUCUCUCUCUCUCUUCUCUCUCUCUCUCUCUCUCGCUGAUCUGCCCAAGCUUUGAAGGAGGAUAUGAAGAUUAGCAUCAACUACUCAAGCAUCAUAUGUCCAGCAGUACUCCAAGAAGCACCCAAUAAGCAAAUAUGGCUCUCCAACAUAGACCUAUUGCUUGGAGGAGGUCACACUCCUAUUUUGUACCUUUACAAGCCAAAUGGGCCAUUCUCUUCCAAUUUCUUUGAUGUUAAGGUCCUUAAGGAGGCCUUAAAACAAGUCCUUGUGCUAUAUUACCCUGUGGCUGGGAGAUUGAGAAAGCAUGAUAAUGGCAAGACUGAAAUAAACUGCAAUGGAGAGGGAGUACUAUUCAUAGAAGCUCAAGCAAAUUCUGCUAUGGUUGACAUUAAUGACUUCACGCCUAGCCAACAACUUUGGCAGCUUAUUCCAGUUGUUGAGUAUUCAAAUGGCAUCUCUUCGUAUCCCCUUCUUCUUCUACAGGUAACCAAAUUUGCAUGUGGUGGAGUAUCCCUCGGAAUUGGGUGGCAUCAUAUUCUAGCAGAUGGUGUUGGCUUCACCAAUUUCAUGAUUGCAUGGGGCAACAUAGUUCGAGGCCUCCCCAUCGGCAUCCCUCCUUCCUUCGAUCGAACCAUUCUCAGCCACCGAGUCCCGCCAACUCCAACAAUCCACCACCACGAAUAUGGAUCCCCACCCACGUUGAACUCUUCUAGUAUCACUACUCACAACCCACAAUACCAAUCAGCUUCUAAAUCCAAUAAUUCUCUAAAAAUCCUUAAGAUUACGCCUGCUCAAAUCAAAAUCCUGAAAGUUGCAAUUUCCAAGUACACCACCUUUGAGAUCCUAACUGGGCAUAUAUGGCGUUGCGUGAGCGAGGCACGUGGCUUACCGAGUAAACAAGCAACCAUGGUAUACAUAUCCGUCGAAGGCCGGUCUAGGCUGUGUCCUCCAGCUCCCCGUGGCUACUUCGGCAAUGCAGUCUUCCAUACUACAACAACUGCUUUAGCUGGUGAGCUCAUAUCAGAACCAUUAGUGAAGACGGUAAAGAGAAUUCACGAGGCAAUAAAAAGGGUGGAUGAUGAGUAUAUAAGAUCAGCUAUUGACAAUUUGGAGGAACAAAUGAUAUGGGACAACCCACCAAGUGUUAUGAAAGAUCCCCAGAGCACUUGCAGGAGCCCAAGCCUCAAGAUUGUUAGUUGGUUGAGCAUGCCUUUUUAUGAUGCUGCUGAUUUUGGAUGGGGCAGGCCAGUGUAUAUGAGGGCUACAAAUCCAUGGGAAGGCAAGGGACAUAUAGUAUCAAGUCCAAACAAAGAUGGGAGUUUGUUAUUGCUCAUUUGCUUAGAAACCCACCAUAUCCCAUCCUUUGAAAAGCUAUUUUAUGGCUUGAUUUCUGACAAAAUAGGCCUAAUUGGCAACUCUCGCAUUUGAGAGCAAGGGCUUAACUUGAACAAUUGUUGCUCGGUCAAGUUUUGGUGACAGCUCCUCCCUCCCUUUCUCAUAUCACUUUUAUUUUCCUUUGCUCUUGAUUUCUUAUGUUUUUUAUGUUUGUUUUUGUAUUUCUAUUAAAGAUGCUUAGAGCAAAGUUCUUGUACUAUUUUACCA